GUUGCUUUGCUGCAUCUGACAUUCCGAGGAUGUUGGACACUCUGUCCAGGUCGUCUACGACAGACCAUGAAUGACGACGAUGCGUCCCAUCAAUAAACGCCUCUCAUUGCCCUCCCUCUUCCUUCUCAUCCUCUCGUGGCCCUCUCCCCAUCGCAUCUGUUUUGCGCGUGAUGCGGGACUCGAUGCGGGAGCAUUCACCAGCAUCGCUCUGCCCAUCGAGCAGCGCGUCAACGUUCCUCUCGUCCACCAGCUCAUCACCAACGAGACACUCCGAGCAGAGGCCCUUCGCAGCCGCUUUCCCGCCAUCUUCUACAACAGCAGCGGCGGCAGCGGUAGCAAUGAGUCCUUUUCGUUUUCGUUUCCAUCCCCGUCGUCGCUGGAGGAGACCAGCCCCCAUCACGGCGAGAAGGGCAAGGCAGACAAGGACAAGAAGCCCACGCGAGAGGUGCUGAGCGUCGCCAACUAUGACGACCUAGAGGUAGGCCACACCACACCGCGCGACGCCUCGCCACACGACGCCAUGAAUGCAUCCAAUGCACGAGUGACUGUGGUUCAUGGCUGGCUCUGCAGUACUCGAGCACAAUCCAUGUGGAGGGGAGGUCUUUUGUGGUGACGGUCGACACAGGGAGUUCCUAUUUAUGGCUGCCGGGCAAGGACUGCCGCGCCUGCGCUGACGUCGACCACGACAUCGGCUGCGAUGAGUGCGCCGGCUCCUCCCGCCUCCCCGACUGCACAAACCCGCUCAACGAGCCAGUGGACCUCCACUACGUCAGUGGCAGGGCCAAGGGCGCCCUGUGCAAAGGCAAGGUGGCGCUGGGCGCAUUCGAGCUGACUGAACAGGUGUAUGCCCACAUAUCGAGGACCGACCACGCCUUCGCAGAUGGCACUUCGAGCGAUGGGGUGCUGGGUUUGGGGUUCCGGGACGACACUGGCAAGAGCUACCCCACUGUGAUGGAAAGCAUUGUCGCGCACAAGCUGCUGGACCGGCCGACGAUUUCCUUCAUCUUGACGAGUGGAGGGAGAAGAGGGUCUCAGCUGGUGCUCGGCUCACCGCCGUGGACAUCACGGUUGGCGGCAACGGCGAGAUGGAUGUGCAUAGAGCACUGCUCACGUGUGUGUGUGUGUGUGUUUGUGUGUGUUUCAGGUUUGCAUACCCUUUGCCUGUGUUGGAUCGCGCUCACUGGAUGGUACGAUUCACCUCUGUGUCGGGCUAUGUGCCGAACCUCGAACACAACAAAGUGGAGAGGUGGGCGUUCAGACACACACACACACACACACACGUCUGCGUACGGAGGUGUAUUCAUAUGAUGACUGGAGAUUGUGUGUGUGUGUGUGUGUGUGUGUGGAUUGCAGGCGGCCUCUGCCGGUGGCUACUAGGGCCAUCGUUGACACAGGGUCAUCGUUGAUACACACGCCGACAGACCCACUCGCAUUCCCACUGCUCCUUCAGAACAUCGUAAGCACAACACAGCACCCUCAUGUGUCAUCCAUCCACCCAUCUAAGUGGCUCUCUCCCAGGCCCCUCCUGAGCUCGAGCUGCUGACGACUGGCUGUACCAACGUCAAGCCACAUGUGCCCAACACGCCCAUCCACUGCCCCUGCCACAACACACACGCCUGGCGGCCCUUCAGCUUCGACAUAUGGGACGUCACCUUCACCAUCGGACCCAACGAGUACUUCAUUCCGGGCCUCAACGACGAGGAGGACGAGACCAGCUGCACCCUGGGCGUGGUGUCGACCGACGUGUUGGGGGGCCGGGGGGGCGAGGGCGUCUGGCUGCUCGGCGAUGUGUUCCUCAAAAAGUUAGUAGUGAGACAGAAAGGCGGAAGAAACCUGGAGAGAUGCAGUGUGUGAGUGUGUGUGUGCAGGUGGGCAUCGACAUUCGAUUUCGGCAUGCGGACGGUGGCCUUCUCCGGGUCCUUCCCCGGCGGGCCGUGCGACAAGGACAAGAAGCACGACGACAAGGACGACUCAUCCGGCGGCUUCAGCAUCGAGGGCUGGCUCAACAAACAGGAGUCCAAGCAGUGCAAGGGAGAGGAGCCCGAGGAGCCCAAAGAGCUCGAGCAGCUGGAGAACAACGUGACCCAAUGGCUGCGGCAAUAUGGGCCCUACAUCCUCGCGGGGGUGUCGACUCUCGUCGUCUUAGCGGCCAUCGCCUAUUUCCUGCACAAGCGGGGCCCACAGCCGGUGCCGGACACAUUGCCCGUUGUCUUGUCAUACCGAACGCCAUCUGUGGCCCCUCUGGCGAGCUACGAGGCGCCCCCGCAUUCAUCGGUGCCUUCGUCGGCCCCGCCCCCGCCCCCCUCACUCCCGCCGCCCUCAUACAUAUCAUCCACGUACGUCCUCAGCCACAGACACAGACACACAGACGCACAACACAUCUAUCUGUCCGGUAUGUGCAUCACUCUGCCUGAAGGCCUCCCCGUUCGCCUCCUCCCCCACUGCACAAGCCACCGACGCCCCGCGCCGUCACGUUUCACGAGCUGCUGGGCGAGGAGAAUGAGCGGCUGGCAGAGGAGGGCGCGGUGCUGCUGUAUGCGGUCCCGGUGUACAAUCGAAGGGGCGAUCGCAACGUGCCGUGGCGCGCGUGUGACCUGGUCUACUACUCGAGCACCAAGAGGGCAUGGUGUCGGAUCGAGAUGGCUUACCUUGAGAAGGACCCUCUCAAUGGAGAUGUGCUCUUCAGAGGUGCGGUGGGUGGGCAUGGCCGUGUAUGUCGUGCACCAUUGUGAGUGUGGAUGGGUGGAUGUCUGCAGGUGUGCUGCCGUACGAAGACAGCGACGUGGGGACGCCCUUCUACGUCAUCGACCGAUUCUCGAGCGACAGGGACCACCCAAACGCCUUCUGCGGUAAGUACCUUCAUCGUGUGUGUAUAUGCGACUGCACACAAGGAAGGCCCCAGUGAGUUGAGUGAGUUGAGUGCAUGAGUUAAUGCUGUCGUUCGUGUGAUCGUCCACAUGCAGGUGAGAGGGAGCGGUCUGGUGCUCUGGAUGGCAACUAUUACAGUCUGCUCAGUUCGUCCAUCAACACGCUGCGUGACGGCGACCUGCAGCCACUGGACCGCCUGAAGGAGGUGGGAGUCUUCCUGUACUUCACCCACGCCAUCACGAUCGUCGACAGGACAGCCGCCGCGAUGGCCGUGCCGCCAAUACUGCAUUAUCUUGACGAGCGCGACGACCAAUGGAAGGACCUUCCCUUCGCGUUCAGUGGCUAUGUUACCGACAGCGGCUUUCACCAGACCAAUGGCAGAUAUGAGAAUGACGACAACGUGACGGAUGCGGACCAGCCUGAAUGGCACUGCCAGUGGAGCGUGUUGUUGCCAGACAUCAAAGGUCCGAGCCACUCAAGACUCCCACAAAUACGCCAACACAUUACAUUCGCGAUGGAUAUACCCGUAUUUGUCUGUGUGUGCAGGUUUGUCGUUUGUGCUGUAUCUGCCGCGCCACGACGACCCCGCUUGCCCCAGCCCCCCGGCGCCCCUCGCGCCCCCGCCCACCGACGGUCACUCACCAAACGCCCCUCCCACUGCCCAGCACCACCGGCCCACUCACGGCUGGUUCCGCUGCGACGCCACACGGCAGAUCGCACUGCGGCCGCUCGCCAUCGACCCCUCUGAGCAAAGUCACCGCAGUGCUGCCAAUGGGCAGUCCCGGGCGCUGAGCCGGCCAUUUCAUGAGGGCCUGCUGAGCUUUGCGUUUGCGCCUUUGUGGGUGCACACGCCCGACGGUGCGGACUAUCGGAUCAUCUAUGCCGGCACAUACGCCAUCACCGAGGAGGGCGCCUUAUUGGAGGUCUCUACUCAGCCACCCAGCCCGCCCGCUCCCAACUGACGGAACAAAUGAGCCAGACGGGUGCUUGCG